AUGGCCAAAGAGAAUUUCACAGCUGUUACUGAAUUUAUUCUUUUGGGACUGACAGACCACCCUGACCUGAAAAUUAUACUUUUUGUGUUGUUCUUGGUGAUUUAUGCCAUUACCUUGCUGGGGAAUCUGGGUAUGAUCUUCAUAAUCCAAAUAACUCCCAAGCUCCACACACCCAUGUACUUUUUCCUCAGCUGCCUUUCAUUUGUGGAUGCCUGCUAUUCAUCUGUUAUUGCACCGAAAAUGCUGAUCAGCUUCUUGGUUGUGAAGGAAACCAUCUCAUUCUCUGCCUGCAUUGUGCAACAUUUGUUUUUUGGGGUGUUUAUCACCACAGAAGGCUUCUUGUUGUCAGUGAUGGCAUAUGACCGUUAUGUGGCCAUUGUCAACCCUUUGCUUUACAAUGUAGCCAUGUCUAAGAGAACAUGUGUAGGGUUGGUCAUUGGGUCAUUCAUAGGUGGACUGAUUAACUCAUUGACACACACAGUAAGUUUAGGCAGAUUGUCCUUCUGUGGGUCCAAUGUUGUCAGCCACUUCUUUUGUGAUGUUCCCCCACUGUUAAAACUGUCAUGCUCUGAUACUACCAUGAAUGAAUUGUUGCUCUUAACUUUCUCUGGAGUCAUUGCCAUGGCCACCUUCUUGAUUGUGAUCAUUUCCUACCUGUUUAUUACUGUUGCUAUUCUGAGGAUCCGCUCAGCAGCAGGCAGACAGAAAGCCUUCUCCACCUGUGCCUCCCACCUGACUGCUGUGACCAUAUUCUAUAGUACUUUAAGCUUUAGCUACAUCCAGCCAAGUUCCCAGUAUUCUGUGGAGCAGGAGAAGGUGGUGUCUGUGUUCUAUACACUAGUGAUUCCCAUGUUAAACCCACUUAUUUACAGUCUGAGGAACAAAGAGGUAAAGGCUGCUGUGAAAAGGGCCAUCAAAAUGACACAUUUCACUUGUUAA